CUCUAUGGAUAGGUCUGUGCCACUGAGACACCCCCAAAAAUCUCUCCGUUUGUCCUUUUCCUCUCAAGAGUCAUGCCCCCAUGAGCCCUAAAGCUUUACCCCACACAGGAUGGUAGAAGUUCCACUGCCCAAUGCCACCUUCCCACGCCCAGCUUUCUUCCUACUGACUGGCAUUCCAGGGCUAAGGGGAACUCAGGCCUGGCUGACACUGGUCUUUGGGCCCAUGCAUCUGCUGGCCCUGCUGGGCAAUGGAACAAUGCUGGCAGUGGUGCAGGUAGAUUCCACACUGUGCCAGCCCAUGUUUCUCCUCCUGGUCACGCUGGCAGCCACAGACCUGGGUUUAGACACUUCCGUAGGCUCAGGGUUGCUGGCUGUGAUGUGGUCCGGGACCCGCCCUGUGCCAUAUGCUGCCUGCCUGGUCCAGAUGUUCUUUGUCCAUGCACUGACUGCCAUGGAAUCUGGUGUCCUGCUGGCCAUGGCCUGUGAUGGUGCCAUGGCGGUAGGGAGUCCAUUGCACUAUUCCAUCCUUGUCACCAAAGCUCGUGUGGGAUACGCGGCCCUGGCACUGGCACUAAAAGCCAUGGCUAUUGUUGUGCCUUUCCCUCUGUUGGUGGCACGAUUUGAACACUUCCGAGCCAAGACCAUAGAGCAUGCCUACUGUGCACACAUGGCGGGGGUGGAGCUGGUGGUGGGUAACACUCGGGCCAACAAUUUGUAUGGGCUAGCUCUCUCCCUGGCCGUGUCGGGUGUAGAUAUUCUGGGCAUCACUGGCUGUUAUGGGCUCACUGCCCACACCGUGCUGCGACUGCCUACCAAGGAGGCCCGUGCUAAAUGUAGUUCCCACGUCUGUGUCAUCCUGGCUUUCUAUGUGCCUGGUCUCUUCUCCUACCUCACACACCACUUUGGUCAUCACACUGUCUCCAAGCCCGUGCACAUCCUUCUCUCUAACAUCUACUUGCUGCUGCCACCUGCCCUCAACCCUCUCAUCUACGGGGCCCGCACCAAGCAGAUCAGGGAUCGGCUCCUGGAAACCUUCACGUUCAGGAAAAGCCAGUUCUGA